AUGGAAGUUCUUAAAUUUCUCAUUCUUUUGCUGUUUGCAGCAACAGUUGAUUGGAGUGAAGCAGGGUUGCCCAGCUUAAGGCAGGGGAGCUCCUUGAAAGUUGAGGAAGAGAGUGACUUCUUGGUUUCACCAAAUGGAACUUUCUCCAGUGUGGAGGCUCGGCUUCUUGAGACUGGGAACUUGGUUCUCAUCAACCAAGAAAAGAGGGUCAUCUGGCAGAGUUUUGAUUCUCCCACAGAUACACUUCUGCCAUCCCAGCGACUUGUCAAGAACACAACCUUGGUGUCAGUGAGAAGUCAAGGUACAUACUUAUCUGGAUUCUACAACUUCAAAUUUGACGAUAAUAAUGUAUUAUAUCUCGUCUACAAUGGCCCUCUACUUUCAAGUGUUUAUUGGCCAAAGACUUCGAGUGUUUAUUGGCCAAAGACGGAUGGAACUGUUUUUGACAGUGGCAGAACGCCUUACAAUAGCUCUAGAUUAGCAAUUUCGGAUAAGGCUGGACAAUUUAUAUCAAGUGACAAUUUGAUGUUCAAUGCAUCUGAUUAUGGAAUUGGCCCAAAGCGCCGGUUAACAAUGGAUUAUGAUGGUAUCUUAAGAUUGUACAGUCUAGACGAAUCAACUGGGGUCUGGGUGUUGAAAUCUCUAGAGAUACAGGAAUAG